CGCGUGCCUUCCUCUUUCGGCACGCGUUCGUCAAGCCCCAGGUAGUAGGACGCACCAAUUUCUCCAAGUGACGUUUCUCAUGCAACACCUUUUCGCACAUCCCUUGACCAAACCCUCUCCAUCUCUCAGCGCUUCCUCAUCACCAGAAUCGUCCAUCGUUCAGCGCUUCUUCCUUCACCAUGCUUUCAAUCAUCUUCAAACAGCACAUGGAACAGCACGAGCAAUUCGGCGCGAUGUACCCACCACUCGGCGCACACGCAACCAUGGGCAUCUACCUGAACGGCUAUGAAGAAGACCCCCAAGACCCCCGCUGCCAGAUCCCUGACGGACUGGUAUUCUUCGUAGACGGUUCGCGUCUCGGCCAGACUGGAGGUGGCGCCGGCGGCGGCGGUGUCGCCUACUUCUUCGAAAACGCCUGGAAGGGUGCGGCAUUUGCCCUCGGCAAGGUUCCCGACAGCAAAACGGCGGAGAUGCAAGCGGUCGCCAAGGCCCUGGAGGUCGCUGAAGGCAUUCAACUGCGCGGCUGUCGCCAGAUCGUUGUGUACACGGACUGCCGGGACGUGAUCGAUGACCUUAUGCACCCGCCACCCCCCCCGAGCCUCGCCCUCAGUAUCCAUCGUCACGCCGACCUUUUCGAGGACCACGGGAUUGACGUCAAGCUGCUCUGGGUGAAGGGGCAUCAUCUCUCACUCGGCAAUAUAUUAGCCGAUGGAUUGGCUCGCCGGGGUUCGAGUCUAUCCCUGAUGCUCACAGGACGGGGAAAGCCGAUUGAGGAUCGACUGAUCGUAAUUGAUCACUGGGAUAUGGUGGGAAGGGCGGAGCGAGCCGGAAAAGACCUCGCCGAUCAACAACAAGAUGCGCAAAAGCUUCAGGACGAGCGGGAUCAGGGGCAUCUGGAGAAGAGGGAGGUCCUCAGAUGCGUCCUUGUGGAGAACGGUAUCCGCGAGUGCCCCUCGUGGUACGAUCUUGAAGAAGGCGAGAUCUGGGAGCCGCCCAGCCAGGCGAGCCAGGACUUGAAUUACGAUGAGCCUGGCCAGGCCAGUGAGGGACAAGAGUUUUGAGUGAAGGGGAAAGGAAGAUGAGCCGCGCUUUUUUUCAAGUAAGAAGACUGAGAAACAAAGACAAUCGGCCGCCACUCACAACUUCAAAGGGACAAGAACGAAGCACAAAGAAGAGAAACCACAACAGAGAUCGGAUCAGCUUGCUG